AUGGUGGGAGUUAAGUCAACUCUUGCCAUUCACGAACGGAUCCACAACCCCGAGAAGCCGUUCUCGUGUUCUGAGUGCGGGAAGUGCUUUACCCAGAUAGGCAACCUUGCGUCGCACCAAAGAACGCACACGGGGGAGAAGCCGUUCUCGUGUUCUGAAUGUGGCAAAUGUUUUACCCAGAGGUCCCAUCUUAUUGCACACCAGAGGACUCAUCCCGCGUUGUCGCCAUUUUCAUGUAUGGAAUGCGGGAAAUAUUUUACCCGGAGAGCCAACCUUCUCGUGCAUCAAAGAACUCACACUGGGGUGUCGCCGUUCUCAUGCGCAGAGUGUGGGAAAUGUUUUUCCAGGAGGGCUAGUCUUACUGAGCAUCAGCGGACUCACACGGGGGAGAAGCCGUAUUCGUGUUCCGAGUGCGGGAAAGGUUUCUCCCUCAUUUCAGCAUACAUUAACCACAAGAGGAUUCAUACGGGAGAGAAACCAUUUAAGUGUUCUGAGUGUGGGAGGUGCUUCACCCAAAGAGCCAAUCUUAUCGGACACCAGAGAACUCACACCGGGGAAAAACCAUAUUCCUGUCCAGAGUGUGGGAGAUGUUUCACCCGACGAGUCUAUCUCACCGAGCACCAGAGGACGCACUCCGGUUUGCCGCUGUUUUCAUGCGCGGAUUGUGGGAAAUCCUACUCCCAGAGAGCCAGUCUGAUUAAACAUCAAAGAACGCACGCUGGCGCGAAGCCGCAGUGA